GGGGCGGACGAGCCACAUUUGGAGGUAUCUGGCGAAUGAACGCGAAGAUGCUUACGGGUGUUGGUGCAAUCGAUGGAUGAUGGAAGUCCAUGAGUCGUUUCCAAUCUUUCCAGACUGGGGAAGUGACGGCGUUGGAAGAGGGAAGAGGGUUGUUCUUGCCCUUUGAACGGGGCCCCAGAAUUAGUCUCCAGUGGUAGGUUGGUUGAGUACUCUACUCUAGGAGAUGCCGACUUGGAAACAAGUCCCCGAAGAAAGUCAACAUGGCACCCAUCGCUCUUGAGCAGCCCAAUGUCGCUGAGAACUUCAACGACCACAAGGAUGGUCUCGCCCUCGAGGCAACCUCCGACAAUAUCGACGAAGUGAACGUUCUCAAGGCCGCCUUGAAGGUCAAGAACGGCACCGCCACCCAAGAGGAGAAGGACAUCUACGAAAAGUCACAGUUCGAUGCCGACAAAGACAAGGAGCAAUUCCGCAACUACGAGGACGCCUGCGACCGUGUCAAGAACUUCUACAGAGAGCAGCAUGAGAAGCAGACUGUUGCUUACAACCUGCGUGCCCGUAACCGAUUCCACUCCAAGACCAGAGCCGAGAUGACCAUCUGGGAGGCCAUGGAGAGAUUGAACACCUUGAUUGACGAGUCAGACCCUGACACCUCCCUGUCUCAGAUUGAACACUUGCUCCAAUCCGCAGAGGCCAUCCGCCGCGAUGGCAAGCCCCGCUGGUUCCAGUUGGUCGGUCUGAUCCACGACCUUGGCAAGCUCCUCUUCUUCUUCGAUGCAGAGGGUCAGUGGGAUGUCGUCGGUGACACUUUCGUCGUCGGCUGCAAGUUCGACGACCGCAUCAUCUACCCCGGCACUUUCGAGAACAACCCCGAUAGCAAGGACCCCAUCUACAGCUCCGAGCACGGCAUCUACACACCCGGCUGCGGUCUCGACAACGUCAUGAUCAGCUGGGGUCACGACGAGUACCUCUACCACGUCGUCAAGGACCAGAGCACCAUCCCCGACGAGGGUCUCGCCAUGAUUCGCUACCACAGCUUCUACCCCUGGCACAAGGAGGGAGCUUACCGCUGGAUGAUGAACGAGAAGGACGAGAAGAUGUUGGGUGCCGUCAAGGCCUUCAACCCUUACGACCUGUACUCCAAGUCUGAUGAAGUCCCCAAGGCUGAGGACCUCAAGCCCUACUACAUGGAGCUCAUCGAUGAGUUCUUCCCCAACAAGGUCUUGAGAUGGUAGAUUUGAUCAUUCGCCCUGACUGCCGCGAAUGCAUGAUAUACCCAUCUGAUUUUAUGACCUUUGUUGACGAUUUAGCGGAAAGCAUCAAGAAAUCCACCCGAUGGAAAAGAAAGACUGAAGUGGUCGGCGUUGCGGGUUUACCAUUUUCUUUUAUCUAUAAUGACCUCCUUUUUCAAAUGAACUUUUUCUAUCUACU